CAGCCUGAGCUCAGUCACCGACCGGAGAGAGCCGUCGAGCACAGCCCCGCCAAACUGGACCCUGACAGCGAUGAACAAGCGGUGUUUUUAGUCCUUUACGGAGCUUACAACCUCAUUUUUAUCCUUCCAGAAUGAACGGAACCACAGCGCCCACCACGGGAUCUGGGUCGUGCCGUUUCUCCCACUAUUUUGUUGUGUGUGGUCUGGACACCGACACGGGCCUGGAGCCAGACGAUGGAGCUGGUGAGAGCCUUGAACAGAGCCCUCUGCGACGAUCCUUCAAGUCUAAAGUUCUUGUGCAUUAUCCGGAGAGCACAGAAAAGAACCCCUUCAAUAAGAAUGCAGUUAACAUGCUAUGUAUGCCCCGUGGCCUGUCUUUCCGCACUCAGGCAGAGAGACUGGACCCUCAGUUCCACUCCUUCACUCUUAUUUUCGAUGAUGGCUCACGCUCCUACGGCUUUGUCCACACAUUCUACGAGGAGGUGACAAGUCCUGCCAUCACCACGGCUAUGCACACUUUGUACCAGAUGCACCAAGUGGAGCGCCAAUCCAACUCCUCCUCCUCAGUGGCCUCCUCCUCUGCCUCCUCACCCUCCACCUCCAGCAUGGACUCUCUGGUGAGCAGCUUGGAUGAGUCAGACGUGGAGUCCCUGGCGGGUGUCUCUCCAUGCUCUGGUGGUGUGGGCUCUUAUGAUGCAUCUAAGGACACUCUGUAUGUGUCCAAAGCUCUGUGCCUGCUCACCCCACUCCCCUUCCUCCAAGCCUCCAGACAGUUCCUCUCCCAGCUACACCAGGCUGUAGCUUCCAACACUGCCCCACCCCUUCCUCUGGAGAGCUACAUCCACAACAUCCUGUAUGAGGUCCCCCUGCCCCCUCCGGGACGCUCUCUACGCUUUCAUGGAGUACAGGGGCCCAUCCUGUGUCAGCGGCCCGGGCCAGGGGAGCUUCCUCUGGGGGAGUUUCCUCUCGGAGAGGCCUUUUGCCUACUGGGGGUGGAUAACAUGGUGCAGCUAGUGACCUGUGCCCUUCUAGAGACACAAGUGCUCCUCUACUCACAAGAUUACCAGAGACUGAUGACGGUGGCGGAGGGCAUCACCACGCUGCUGUUCCCAUUCCAGUGGCAGCACAUGUAUCUGCCCAUCACGUCCACGCCCAUCCACCACCUCCUGGAUGCUCCUGUGCCCUUCCUCAUGGGCAUCCAGCGGAGGGAGGGGGCUCAGAGAUCCUCCCUGCACCUGCCGCAUGAGGCCAACCUCUGUUUCGUGGACAUUGACAACCAUUGUGUAGAAGCCCCCGAGGACCUCCCUGCGUUCCCUGAUCAGAAUGAACUCAUUCAAGAACUUACAGAAAUACUACUGCGCUUUGGACUACCUCCACAAGGGGGUGUGGUAACAAAACCCACCCUGACCUCCCCAUCACCCCGUCUGAGCAGCCUUGUUCUGGAGGACCUGAUGGAAGACAGGCGGAAUGGUAACCUGGGGGGCGAGGAGCUGGCUGUUCUGGAGAAGCUACAGGCGCUGGCCAAACAGUGUGAAGGAGCCAACUUGGCUGACAGUGCAAAAACUCUAGAGUUAGAAGAGGAUGAUGAUGAGCUGAAGGCUGCCAAGCUCAAUGUUCAAAUCAGGGAAGUGUUUGCGGGGAGGUUUGCCGCCAUGUUUGGACGGUACGACCAAUUUGUCAUCAACAGCUCUUUUGAUUUGGACUCCUGGUUGAGCAACAGAGAGGGAUCGUGCAAUUUUGACAAGGGUUCCUUCCUAUCAGUUCAGCCCGCCUCCCACCUGACUUUCAUGUCGCGCUUCCUGGAGACAGCCAUGUUUUCCUGGUUUGUGGAUGGGAAGGUGAUCUCUCGCUGGGCGGACAGAGAGCCCAUGCAGCAGCUGUUUGACAGUCGCCUGGAGAGAGAGCGAUUGUACGACACAGAUGAGCAAGACCCACGGAAUGGUCGCUAUAGGAAGUGCACAUCACUGCUGGAAUCAGCUCAGACCAUUGAGCGCAGGCUGAAGAAGGCAGACCACACAGCCAUCCACCCACACCUGCUCAACAUGAAGAUCGGACAGGGCCGUCACCAGCCGGGAUACUUUCCCCGACUGCAGGCUGAUGUUCUGACACAAGGGAACAGCACCAACAAGUGGUCUGGUCGAGUCACCGCAUCACGCAGGUCUGACCCCAAAAGGUUUGCAGAGCAUUCAGGAACAGACAUGGAUCAAACUCAGAUUCAUAAACUCCUAAGUCAAAAACAGCGUUGUAAGCACAUAUUUCUACGUAAAAACCUGGCUCACACAAAGCUUCUCGAUCCAUGCCCUCAAACUAUCACUCAAACUCACAGAGAAUUCGUAGACGGACUGCUGAACGAGUGUCGCCUGAAGACUAAGAGGAUGCUGAUGGAGCGUAUGGGGAAGGAGAGUAUAGAGCUGGGUCAGGGGGAGGCUAACAUCACCGGUCUGCAGGAGAACACUCUUAUUCAUGGACUGUGCGAUCUACUGGAGAGGACCUGGGGCCAUGGUCUGCAGCUCAAACAGGGGAAGUCUGCAUUGUGGUCCCAUCUGCUGCACUACCAAGCAGCCCAGAGGAAGGCAGAGGCACCAGCUGAGUCUCCAGGCACAGAACAAAAGACAUUUAAUGAUGCCACCCUGCACCUAAGAGGAUCUUUACCACAAGACAUGAGCUUUAUUCAGACUAUGAGUGAGGGAAUGUCUGAAGUGGGUCAGGCCAGAGCUUGGAUUCAUCUGGCUUUGGAGAAGAAAAUGCUAUCUCAACACCUCAAAGAACUGCUUACAAAUCAAGAGCUAAUUCGACAGCUGUACAAACCACAUGCAUUCCUGCUGUGUGAGGAAGAACGCGAGCAGUUUUUGUUUCAUCUCUUGUCUCUGAACACAGUGGACUACCUCUGCUUCACCCGAGUGUUCACCUCUAUCAGUAUUCCAUAUCGCGUUGCCAUAAUACCCAUGAAAAAACUAAGCAUCGCCAUGGCAACUGUAAACCCGUGGGUGUGUGUGUCGGGAGAGUUGGGUGAUUCAGGAGUUAGACAGUUCCCCAAGAACACACAGGAGAUAUACUUCCAGUGUAAAAACCUGGGCCGGCUGAGCACUCUGCAGCUGGGGCAGGAAAACUCCGGACUGCUGGCCAAGUGUCUCAUCGACAGUGUCAUGGUGUACAAUGAGAUCACAGGACACACUUACAAAUUCCCUUGUGGUCGCUGGCUGGGAAAAGGAGUGGGUGACGGCAGCCUGGAGCGCGUCCUCAUUGGUCAACUAGUGACACCUGGUGCAGAGGAGGACUCUGGGAGGUGGUCGGCUACCCCCCCUGAGCUGGCCUCUCCCUCUCAGACUAUGAUGACAGUGCUGGGAUCGCUUGGCAGCCGCACCAGAGUGCAUGCAGUGGAAGUACAAGAGGACAUGAGGGAGGCAGCAAAUAACCUUGUCAAAUACUUCCAUAAACCAGAGCAGGAGAGGGGAAACCUGACGGUGCUGUUGUGUGGUGAGGGAGGCCUGGUGUGCGCGCUGGAAAAGUUUCUUCUCCAUGGACUGAAAUCCAGCCGCUUGUUCCAGAGAAGUGUGUUUGUUUGGGAUUACAUUGAGAAAGCGGUGGUUUCCAUGGAGACGGCCAAUCAAAUGGGCAACUCCCUGUGUCAUUAUGUCAAUGCCAUCAACUCCUCCCCCCGAAAUAUUGGAAAAGAGGGAAAAUUCCAGCUUUUUGUGUGCCUGGGGAUUAGAGAUCAGCUCUUGGCUCUGUGGCUCCCUCUACUGGCUGACUGCCCCCUCACAGGUCGGACCUAUGAGGACAGUGCUUUACUCCGGGACCGUGCUGCGGUCCAUGCCCUGUCUCGUAUCUUACACACGCUUUAUGGGUUCAGUAUCACCCUGGAAGCAUCUUUGGUAAAGGGGAUAGAGCUCUGACUUGAUCAAACUGAAGGACUAGAAUGGACAUUUCCAAAAAGUGUAUAUGGCCUUGUUUGUUACUAUAUAGUGUCCUAGGCUGUAUCAGUAUUGUUCCAAUAUGCUUUAGGAAAUGAUUACCUUUCUGAUGCUUGUUUACACUGUGAAUUCUGUUUCCUUCGGCAGAGAUAGACACAUUCAUAUUGUCACAUUUGAUUUUCUCACUAGUCACUUUUAUUGUAACUGACACUGUAUACCCAAAUGUGACCACCUCUCUGCUGCUGUGAUGCUUGCAAUUGGAUUUGAAGUUAACCCAAUGCAUGGCUCAAAUAUAUUUGUUUAUGUAUCCAUGUGUGCUUUAGUAGUCGUGCCCUGACUCGAGCCUCAUUAUAGUAAUGCAUUUUCAUCUGGACAAAAGUAUUGCCUCAUUCUAAUAUGCUAUUAUCAUGUUUUUGUUUAUAUAAAUCUGUGUGUUUCUGAGUUUUUGGGUCAGGAGUGAUGUGCUCGUCAAAUCCUCAGUUGGUCUAACACUGGAGCGGAGCUGGUGGCCUGUUUGUGUCAGUCUUUGUCACUGUCAUUGUUGUAAAUAAUUUGGCUCAUGGAGUUGUGUUUUUCUGUUAAUAUGGUUCAGAAUACUGCUAUAUUUUCUGUACAGUUAUGUUAAAAAAAUCUUAGGUUGGUCACCUUUUACUUUUUGUAAAUAUUAAGACACACACCCAGCUGAGAUUGCAGGGACAACUACUUAUAAAAAUAAGAUUAUGUUUUGCUGAAUUUUAUUUAAUAAUAUAAAAUGUGCAAAUAUUAUUUCUUGCACUGUAGUGCAAACCCUCUGUAAUCCAAAAUGACCAAGCCCACAUUAUCUUUUACAUACUGCAGAUGGGAAGAAGCAAUAAUUGUUAUUUAUGACAUGUGUUGUAAAGAAUAAAAGUUAUUAAUUUGAGAAAA